GCCUGCCGAUGGAGGAAAAGUUGCCAAGAAGAAAUCGGCUCAGACCGUUGCAGCCACACUCACGACAAAUCGCCCACCAAUUGUAGGUCCUGCCGCCUCGGUAUCUGAGACAUCGGAUCAGGAUGAGGGCGAAUGGCAGGUACAGGGCAGUCAGAAGAAACGCAAUCAGCGCGGAGAGAAGCAGCAGCAACAAAAGCAACGUGGACAACAACAACAACAGCAGGGUGGACAACAGAUUGGACAAGGAGACAAUCAACAGCUUCUUCCCAAACCGCAGAACCAACGCAUCCAAGCCUCGGUAUCUGAGACAACGGAGCAGGAUGAGGGCGAAUGGCAGACGCAGAGCAGUCAGAAGAAGCGCAAUCAGGGCGGACAGGGUGGACAACAGCGUGGACAGGGAGACGAUCUACAGCUUCCUCCCAAACCGCAAUACCAACGCACUUGUGGCCAGGGUCCCUGUGGUCAGGGACGCGGCACGCCAGUGUCGACUCAGAGCUCGAAAUCUCUGGUUCGCGGCACGCCAGCGUUGCCUGUCGCAGGAGGCGCCAUAAGACGUGGAACCUUGGGGAAGCCUGGUCAAGUGGCAGUCAACUAUUUGGAUGUCAACUUGGACAAAAUGCCAGCGGUUGCCUAUCACUAUGAUGUGAAGAUCUCACCAGAGCGCCCCAAGAAGUUCUAUCGCCACGCGUUUGAGGUGUACAGAAAGAAGCAUAUGGGCGGUGUGAUUGCCGCCUACGAUGGCCGUGCCUCCUGCUACACGGCGGACAAAAUAGUUUGCAAGCCGCAAGAGGAGAAAGUGACUGUGACUGAUAAUCACGGUCGUACGCUGAAUUUCACUCUUCAAGUGAAGGAGACCGAGGAGCUGGUUGUAAAUUUGAGUUCCCUGCGCAGCUAUGUGAAGGAUAAGAUUAACGAGAAGCCCAUGCGCGCCUUGCAGGUGCUGGAGGUUGUGUUGGCCUCUCCCUGCCAUGCCACAGGCGUACGCGCUGGUCGCUCCUUCUUCAAACGAUCCGAUCAGGGCAAGGCCAUUAAUCUGGGCGAUGGCUACGAGGCGCUGGUCGGUCUCUAUCAGUCGGUGGUGCUGGGGGAUCGUCCGUUUGUCAAUGUGGACGUAUGCCACAAGUCAUUUCCAUUCGCCUCCACCGUCGUGGAGUACAUUGAGCGAUAUCACGGGGAAAGAGUGGAAAAUCAUACUAACAUUGAGCUCAAGCGACUGGAUAUCGAAACAUUUCUGAAGGGCAUCAAGAUCGUAUACAAAUCACCGCCAAGCUUCGCCAGACCCCCGACCAUCUUCAUGGUCCUUGGGCUAACCAAGCUGCCGGCCAACAGGCUAUCCUUCGACAAGGAAGGGCAACAGAUGACCGUGGAGAAGUACUUUGCCUCCAGGGAAUACAAUUUGAAAUAUCCCAAUCUGCCCUGUCUGCAUGUGGGCUCGCCCACGGCAAAUAUUUUCUUGCCCAUGGAACUGUGCAGCAUCGAGGAGGGGCAGCUGCUGAAUCGCAAAGAUCAGGAGGCUCAGGUGUCGGCCAUGAUUAAAUAUACAGCCACAUCCACCAAUGAGCGGAGAUCGAAGAUCUUGGAUUUGCUGUCAUUUUUCAAGCACAACUCGAACCCCACCGUGGCACGCUUUGGCAUGCGCUUGCAGAGCGAUUUCAUUACGGUGAACAUGCGCAUCCUUGAUCCCCCAAUGGUGGAAUACAAAGGGAACAGCAUGGUGUCCGUGAAGAAUGGUUCGUGGCGCAUGGAUCGCUUGAAGUUCUAUGCGCCCAAGCCGCGGGAACACAAAUGGGCCAUACUCUAUGGUCCCCGAAUGAUGUACAAUGCGGUGGAAGACUUCAAGCAAUGUGUCCUAACACAGAGUGCCAUAGUGAACGUCUGCCUGGACAGGAAGGCUGAGAUACGUUUGUACAAGGAUGAACGUGAUUUUGAUAACUAUUUUCGUGAUUUCAAGCGGCUCCAAUGUGAUUUUGUGUUUGUCAUCAUACCAAACUCUGGCCCCCUAUAUGAUAAUGUGAAGCAAAAGGCCGAACUGCAGCACGGCAUACUGACGCAGUGUAUCAAGCUGUUUACGGUGCAGCGAAAACUGAAUCCUCAGUGCAUUGGCAACAUUCUGCUGAAGGUCAAUGCCAAGCUGAAUGGCAUCAACCACAAGUUGAAGGAUAAUCCACGCACUUUGCUCCCCAAUGUCAUGUUUAUGGGUGCCGAUGUCACCCACCCAUCGCCCGAUCAGCGUGACAUACCCAGUGUGGUGGGCGUGACAGCGUCCCAUGAUCAAUUCGGAGCUUCGUACAACAUGCAGUAUCGCCUGCAACGCUCCACCCUGGAGGAUAUCGAGGACAUGGAGUCCAUUACGCUGGAGCACUUGCGUGUCUAUUAUCAGUACAGAAAAUGCUAUCCCGAGCACAUUGUCUACUAUCGCGAUGGUGUCAGCGAUGGACAGUUUCCCAAGAUCAAGGAUGAAGAGUUGAGGGGCAUUAAGGCGGCCUGCUGCAAGAAGCACAUUCGUCCCAAGAUUUGCUGCAUAAUUGCUGUCAAACGUCAUCACACGCGCUUCUUUCCCUCCGGCAAUCCUUCGCAGUUCAACAAAUUCAACAAUGUGGAGCCGGGCACCGUCGUGGACCGCACCAUUGUGCAUCCCAAUGAGAUGCAAUUCUUUCUGGUCAGCCAUCAGGCCAUUCAGGGCACAGCCCGACCAACGCGCUACAGCGUGAUUGAGAAUACGGGCAAGCUGGACAUUGAUGUCAUACAGCAGUUGACAUACAAUCUGUGCCACUUGUUUCCGCGCUGCAAUCGCGCCGUGUCCUAUCCAGCGCCGGUCUAUCUGGCACACUUGGUGGCCGCCCGUGGUCGCGUCUAUCUGACGGGCUCCAGGAAGCUCCUUACACCUAAGGAGGAGUACCAGAAGCGUUUAAUUGUGCCACAAUUUAUGGAUAAGUAUCCAAUGUUUUUUGUUUAAACUUAUGUUUAAGCAAUGCCAGACUUAUCGGCACCCGCUUUGCAUUUCGACUCAACAAAUUAAAUAUGAAAUGUUAAAAUGGCAAAAAAACAUAAAGCAACAAAAAGGAAUAGCAAGGGGAAUAGGAUAAGUUUCUCAGUCAAACUGAUGCUUAAAUUAAUUCCAUAUGUGUGGCGUUGCUAGCUUAAAAUAACAAAUAA